AACAAUGGGGUCUGGGCAUUCUAGGCACCGCAAUUGGCCAGACAAGGGUGGGUGAGCUCUCUCUCUCCGAAGCUAUCAGCUGGGUACCAAGGCUCAACCUAUGGGCCCUCAAUAGGAUGAUCUCAGCUUUUCUGGCAUGUGGGUCUCACUGUACUUUGGAUUCCUGGGGCUGUGUUCUGUGGUAACCGGCGGCUGCAUUCUCUUUCUGCACUGGAGGAAGAACCAGCGGCGGGAGGAGCGUGCCCAGCAGUGGGUGGAGGUGAUGAGAGCUGCCUCCUUCACCUACAGCCCACUGUUAUACUGGAUUAACAAGCGAAGGCACUACGGCAUGAAUGCAGCCAUCAACACAGGUCCUCCUCCUGCUCUCGCCAAGACAGAGGCUGAGGUCCAGAACCCAGAUCAUCUGUGGGAGCUGGACAAACCUGGAGGCAGGAGCCAUGCCGUCCAAGACAGCAGCCCCAGGGUGGAGGUUCCCCUGAACCCUGCACCGCAGAUGGCCCCACAGGAACUCCUACCUUCCCUGAUGCCGCAGCCCCAGGCCAGCUCCCCACUUACAAUGCCUAUCUUCCAGGAGGUGCCCUUUGCCCUGUCCAUCUGCAAUCUUCCCCCACUCAUGCUGAACCACUCAGUAUCCUACCCGUUGGCCACCUGUCCUGAAAGAAAUGUCCACUUCCAUUCUCUCCCUGCACUGGCCCAUGGGGACCAUUGCUCUAAUGCCAAGCCUUUUGCUUCAGAAUUGUAGCCCCUUCUCCCUGAGGGUGAGAACUGCCGAUAUGCAGGCAGGAAUUGGAGCUAACCUCAGGAGGAGGUAUCAACAGAGAGAUCAGGUCAGGGCCUAUCUGGAUGUCACAUUAUGAAAGAUUAAAAAUAAAGUUCAAGGCU